UUCUGAAUAGUGCGGAGGUAGCGGCGACGGCAUGAUUUGGCCAGGACUGCGUCUGAGAAGGUUUGGACUAGUUGGCAGUAACUUACACACGUUGUCUACUUUUUUGUCUUUCUCUUCUGAUUUUUGCUAGAUCGCUUCAUCUACUGAGCUCUCUGGUCGAUCUCUCCUAAGAAAUCACCCGAGCAGAAGACGUAAAUUUUAUCCCCGAUGUCGUCGCAGGGGACACAUCCGAUUUCCCCUCCUCCUGUACCAGUCUCUCCUCCUUCAACUGGUGUCCGGCGUCAUCACACAAUCUCAGCAUCAUCUCGCUCAGCGAGGGCUGGUGCCCGUGCGCCCAUUUCUGAGGAAGCGCAGGAGCAGCCACUCUCGAAUGACGAUGAGCUCGUUGGUGAGGACUGGCGAGGCGGAGUUGGCGCAGUGGGAGAGAAAACCUCGUUGCACCGACAAAGCUCGCUCCCCACCAAAUAUAAGGCCGUCCAUGGCCGAAGGUCACGACAGACGGGAAAUCUCACCCCAAGAAAUAUGAAUAGUUUAUCUGCCAUCGAUGGUCACGAAGGCGAUGAAGAAGACUGGGAAAACGACAUGAGAGCGUUUCAGAAUGAAGACGAGCACGAUAUGUCCAACUCUGAGUCUUCUCAGCAUCAGCUCGUCGUUGACGCCCAAUCGCAGUUGUCUACGGGCAAUCCGUCCCCUCUGUCACCUCAGUUUUCAACUUCGCACGUCCCAUCGCCGCCUCCUGCAGGGUCGGGCGUGCGACGUCACCAGAGCCUGACUUAUGGGGCUCAGAGCGGUGUCAGGCAAAUGUCCUCUUCAGGGCUCAAGCGUGCUGGGACUCUUCAAGGAAGUGGACGGCAUCCCCCAGUCGGACAUAGCCCCAGCCCUCCCAACGAGGAGGAGUACAUCGAGGAACAGGAGCUUGUCAAUUCUUACGAAGAGGACUCCUACUUUACCUCCCGGUCCCCUCCACCCCAGCAGCAGCAAUAUGCCCCUCAAGGUCAAGGACAGUAUCCGACCAGCCCUAUGGGACGCUCCUCUCCUUGGAACACUCCUGGCACCGGGGAGUGGCGAACCCCUGGUGGUUCGUUUUCCGCGGCAGGAACUGGAAAUCCUGAUGACCUCGCUCGUGCUCUAUCCAGCCUCGACAUCAACCAUAAUCUCUAUGUCAGUAAUACAGGAUAUCAAACAGGACAGACUGCCCAUCCUCCCCGGUUUCAAUCCACCCAUCCACCCCCCGCACUUUCCCCUGGUAUGCGCUCGGGCAACGUGCAGGGUGCCAACAAUGGCUCCUCUCGCAAAUUGCAGUUGAACACUGAAUCUGAUGGGCGCAGGACUCCAACUGCACAGCCCGGACAGGUGCCCGGCAGCGCGCCCGCAUACGUUCAACCUAUUGGAGCUCAACAGCAAAUGCACCAAUCUCGUGCUGGUUCCAUGAGCGACGCCGACCGUGCAGUGGCUGUCACUGGGGCUACGGCUUGGGAACAAAAAGAGAAGCUUCUUGGCCAACGCACUUCUAACCCCAGCUUGAACUAUCGAUACAACCAAGGCCAAAAAGGCAAUGUUCCUAGCGUACCGCCCAUCCCUUCGCAGUAUCUUAAUCAGCAAAGCGGUCAAGCUCCCCGAAUGGGGAAUUCCUUUGGCCAGGGACAGAUGCAAGGCGACAACAACGCCCAACCCGUUCCCGGGUUCAUCAACACCCCUGUUGACGUUCCGACGCUGAUUGCUGGAAAGGGAUAUAAUCCGCCCAACUUCGAUAUCCGCCCCGGAUUUGCUCGCUAUUUUGUCAUCAAAUCAUAUACAGAAGAUGAUGUUCACAAAUCUUUGAAGUACGAAAUAUGGAGUUCUACAGAUCCCGGAAACAAGAGACUUGACAAGGCCUUCAAAGAGUGUGGUGGGAGGGGUCCCAUCUACCUCUUCUUCAGUGUGAAUGCUAGUGGUCAUUUUUGCGGAAUGGCAGAAAUGUUAACUCCAGUGGACUAUACAAGAAGCAGUACAGUAUGGGCGUCCGACAAGUGGAAAGGUGUGUUCAAAGUGCGAUGGAUCUUUGUUCGUGAUAUCCCGAACGCCAACUUGAGGCACAUCCGCUUGAGCAACACUCAAGAACGCAAGCCAGUGACAAACUCUCGAGACACUCAAGAGCUACUACCUGAAGCUGGUCAAGAAAUGCUCCGUAUCUUCCACACCCACCCUGCUAGGACUUCUCUACUGCAGGACUUUGCUUUUUAUGAGCUUCAGGCGAUGCAGAAGAUGCAAGUGAAUCAACAGCAACAGCAACAAGGCGGAACUUUGACCCUGUCCGACGGUCCCACUCCACCAUCGCAAUCCCCUCCCCCGCAACAGACUAUGUUCUCGAUGAAUAUGGCGAACAUGGCGACCACUCCUGCUAUGUACGGCGCAAUGUCGCCGGCUAUGGGUGGCGCUUUGUCUCCCCAUUUGCUCUCCAUGCAAAUGGGGAUGGGGAUGAUGAGCCCAGCGUUUGGUAUGCAGCAGACUCAGGCCAUGCACCAGAGUGUCAUGCGUCACCCCAGCCCUGGGCCCCCUGGACAGAACUUCAUGAGUAUGGGCGGCGUGCCAUACUGAAGCUAGUGUCUUCACGAUCUUAUGGUGUUUCCCUUUCGCGCAGAGAAAUGAAAUGUGAAAAGUAUCUCGAUCACUAACAUUGGAUAUAGAUUUCUACUUUUUGCGCCGAAUGUACUUCUCUAGUUUGUAUAUCCUUUUCGCCAUGAUAAGUUUCUUCAUCUUUCCUGCUUUCUCUUUCUCGUUCAAUGUUGUAACCAUAGUCUCC